ACACUUGCUUACCUAGGCCCUUGCAAACAUGAAGGUUCUGCUGAUCGUCGCCUUGGCACUGGUCGCCCUGGCCGCCGCCCGACCCUCCGACGUGAUCGACAUCGAGCAGGACCACAUGGAGCACGAGCAGGAGGGCGACCCUGGAAGGGCCGUGGAGGGCGAGUACUCGUGGGUCGCGCCCGACGGCAACGAGUACCACGUCAAGUACGUCGCCGACCGCAACGGGUACCGCGUGGUCGACGACAACGUCCUUCCGGAGUUCCGUGACGCCAAGCCCACCGGCGAAGCAGAGGAGGAUGACUAGCGGCGUGGCUUGCAAUCUCAAAUAUUGAUCCUUUAUACAGUUCUAGGACUGGACUAUGAAGCUGUAUCUCUUGUGACCUGAGGGGGAAUAUUUCUUGAACAAUAAAUCUAUAUUUAAGUAAA